AUGAAAAAAUCACUUUCUCUCGAUUCUGUCCAAUUAACCUCCGAUUCUUCAGACAGUGACUCAUCAGAAUAUUACUACAAUUAUAAUAAUAACAAUCAUCAUCACCAUCAUCAUCAUGGCAGUAGAAAAUUCUCUCCCUCCACUCCCAUCAAUCCGAUGAGCACUAGCUUGAAUGAAUUUGUUGCAAGUUCGAGGAAACACAAUACAUCAUCACUCUUUGAUGUCGAUGAAUCGACGACAACUAAUAGUGAUACUCUAUCAGUGUAUCAGAGUGUGCCGUUAUAUCUUCCUCCGACUGCUUCCGAAAAGGAGAGAAGAGAAGUUUUGCAAUUGAAGAAGAGGAGACUCUUCCGAUCACCUCGUCCCAAUGAGAUUAGAAAUAAGACGACUGAAAAGUUGGUUAAAUUCGGAUAUUCAAUGAGAAAGGAUAAUAUUAAGAGACAAAUCAAGGAGAUUGCAAAACAUCCUGGAAAGACCAUUGAGAAUAUUCAUGCCAAGGAUGUUAAAAAGUCUGUCAAAUCAUUCUUUAGACAUUUACCUCACUUUAUUGUUUACUUUUUUGUGAUUUUAAUUUAUUUCAGAGAUGUCGUGUUGAAUUUCUUUAGAUUUUCGAGAUGGCCAACGAUUAUUUUCCUACCUUUUAUUAUAAUUCUUGGAAUUCAAAUUCAUGCUUGGAUUAUUUGGUUUAAGGAAAUUUUGAAUAUUGUAAUAUUUUACAAUAUUUUAAUAUCUGUAAUAUUUGGAUCGAUUGUUUUAUAUUUUGGAGAUUGGAUUCUAGUGCACUUGUUCCCUAAAUUGACGGCCUCUGUGUUGGAUGGUCACAUUCUAGAGACAACAUUGGCAAGAUUCUACUCUGUUCCAGUUUCAUUCAGUUUUGAUAUUCCUCAAUUUUCUUUAAUGCCCUUCUACAAUAAGGUUACACCCAUUCACAUAAAGAAGCAACGGUUGAAACUGGAAUCAUCAUUGGCCCCAAUAACAAAGUCAGAUGUUUUUUUGGAUGUUAAGGAGGAGGAUAAGGAUCCAACACUUGUCAAAUACAAGAGAAAACUACUGAAUGAGAAACAAAAUCAAUAUCCAUUCGAUUUAUUCAGAAAGAUUGGAAAAUAUGUUCAAUUAGAAAAACAAGGAAAACUCAAAGGAGAAGAAGGAAUUUUGGAAAAAUUGGAAAAAUUGGAAAAAUUAGCAGAAAGAGGAAUGAGGGAUUUGGACGAUAGCGAUUAUGGAUCUGAUCUCCUGAAACAAAUUACACCCUAUAGAGAUUGGUUUCCACUCCAAAAGAAUUGCAAAGUAACUCUCUACCAGGAUGCACAAGGUGGAUUCAAUGGAAGAAAUUGUUUCUCAGACAUGUAUGAUGCCAUGGAAAAUGCCAAGCAAAUUAUUUACAUUACCGGUUGGUCCUUGAAUCCAAAUAUUAGACUCAAGAGAGAUAGUGAUGAUCCAAAGGAGAGUAGAACCCUUGGCGAAUUAUUGAUCGAUAAGGCAAAUGAAGGAGUUUCUGUUUUUCUCAUAUUGUGGAAUGAAACUGGUAGUAAUAUUGCCUCAAAUAUGGACACUGGUGAUGGAGAGGCUAUCAAUUAUUUUAGAAAUACUCGAGUAGUAGCCAUUCUGUCAAGAAGAUCCGGCUAUAGUGGUCUAGUUUUCUCUCACCAUCAGAAAACUCUCAUUUGCGAUAAAUAUGUUCCAGAAAAGAAGAAGAGAUCAAUUGUUGCAUUUGUGGGUGGAUUGGAUUUAACAAAGGGAAGAUAUGACUCUCCAUCACAUUCCCUAUUCAGCACUCUCGAAACAUAUCACAAGGAUGAAGUCUAUUCUUCAAGACCUUUGGAAAAUAAGAAACUUGGACCAAGACAACCAUGGCACGAUAUUCAUGCAAUGAUUGAAGGAAAAUGUGCUUAUGAUAUUUUACAAAACUUUGAAGAACGUUGGACUACUCAACUAGGUUAUGUUUCAUUGCCUAAACGACCAACCUAUGUUGAAAAUUUCAAGGAAAAUCCUUGGUGCGUUCAAGUGUUCAGAUCUUGUGAUUCCGAUUCAAUUAGACCCUUCACCAAUUCAUAUACUGUUUUCCCUCGUAUCCAAGAAGCUUACAUUAGUCUCAUUCAAAAGGCUCAACGUUUCAUUUAUAUUGAAAAUCAAUACUUUUGUGGAAGCGCCUUUUUGUGGAGCAAUAGAUUGGAUGCUCAAACUAUGAAUAAUAGAAUUCCACACGAAUUAUUGGAAAAGAUUCAUGAAAAGAUUCAAUCUAAUGAGCCAUUUACUGUAUUUGUUGUUAUUCCAUUAUUCCCUGAUGGAAUGAAUUCACCAGAAAAUCAAUUCCAACAAGAACAAAUCUUCUUUACCUACAGUACCAUUUGUAGCAUGUACAAAAUUAUUGGAGAAAUGAUUGAAAAGACACAAAUGAAGAGCUAUCGUCCAACAGAUUAUUUGAAAUUCUUCUGUUUGGGAACUCGUGAGGAGUGUGAAAAUGUGAAUGAGAAAUUGGAAGGACUCACUAAGGGAUCGCCUCAGUACAAAUUAUUGAAAGCUCAACGAUCAAUGAUUUACGUACACUCCAAGAUGGCAAUUUUCGAUGAUGAAUACAUUAUUGUUGGAUCUGCAAAUAUCAAUGAAAGAUCAAUGUCAGGUGAUCGAGAUUCUGAAAUUUCCAUUGGUGCUUUCCAAUCAAAAUCCGAAACUGACUCACAACAACCUUCAGAAAUUAAGAAUUUCAGAAAGAAUCUCUUUAUCGAACAUUUAGGAGAAUGCAGUGAAUGUAAUAAUUGGGAAGAUCCACUCGAUCUUUUCACACAACGAAGAAUCGAUGAAGUUGCUGAGGACAAUUGGGAACGAUAUACAUCAGAGGAAUUCAGACCAAUGCGUUCUCAUUUAAUGCACUAUCCUGUCAUUGUGGAUGUUGAUGGAAGUGUCUCAGCAAGAGUUAAAUAUUUCCCAGAUACGAGAGGACGUGUUGAAGGUGUCAAGAAUUUACUUUCUCCUGACAUUCUCACUCAAUAA